AUAAAACAUAAUGAAAUUCUUUGCCGUUGUCUCUGGAUUUGCUUUAGCUCUUACUGGAGCCCUUGCUCAAAUCACUGCUCCUAUGCAAAACUAUAAUGUCACUAAGCCCAUCAUGAAUGGCAUUUAUGUUGCUGGCCAAAUGUUACCCUGUACUGUUACUAUCUUUGAAAAUGUUCCUGCAGAUAUUUCUCUUUCUGUUAGCCUCGUUUCGGCCGCCAACAGCAGUACAUCUUUUGUUAUUGCUACAACCUUCGACACCUCUAAAUCACCAGACAGCGUUAGAACCAGUAAUAAUGUUACUUACUAUGAACACUCUAUCAACUACAACAUCCCUACCAGCAUCCCUGUCGGCUCAUACAAAGUUAUCUUUUUAGAUUCUAAAACAAACACUCAAACUGAUGUUCCUAUUACCAUCUUGCCCGUUUCUUCCUCCUCUGUCAUCCCAUCUGCUGCCGCUACUGGUUCCUCUGGUACACCAUCUUCUACAAAUGCUUCCAUUUUCAAGAGUGAUGCUGUUACUACCAUGUCUCCUGCCAAGGCUAUUCUUUCCCUUGCUGCUGUUGCUGCUUUAGCAUUUAUGCUUUAAAAUGCUUCUUUAGUAUACCAUUCUAUUAUUUUAAUAACAAUAAAACUUAACCCUUUGCAUCAUUCGUAAAAAAAAAAAAAGAGUUUUGUGU